AUGGCUAUGAAGACCAAACUAUAUCACAAACUCCAAUCAACCACAACAAAAAACCCGCAAUGGAACACCCUUUUAAGAGAACUAGCAAACAAAUCCCUUUUCACCAAUGCGCUCUCUGUCUACCUCCAGAUGCUCCGCUCUGGCGCCUUUCCAAACGCAUUCACUUUCCCAUUCGCUCUCAAAUCCUGUGCCGCGGUUUCUCUCCCUACCACAGGGAAACAACUCCAUUGUCACAUCAUUAAAACUGGAUGCUUAUUAGAACCCUUUGUACAAACCUCUUUGAUUUCUAUGUACUGUAAGUGCAGCUUGAUCGAUAAUGCACGCAAGGUGUUUGAUGAAAAUCCUCAAUCGAGAAAACUAACUGUUUGUUACAAUGCUUUGUUGUCUGGGUAUGCGUUGAAUUCUAGAGUUAAAGAUGCCGUGGUUUUGUUUUGUGAAAUGAGGGAAUUGGGUGUGGAAAUUAAUGGGGUUACGAUGUUGGGUUUGGUUCCGGUUUGUGGGGUCCCGGGGAAUUUGGGAUUGGGGAUGUGUGUCCAUAGUUUUUGUGUGAAGUUUGGUUUGGAUAUGGAUUCAUCUAUUGGGAAUUGUUUGCUUACAAUGUAUGUAAAAACUGGGGAAAUUGAUUGCGGAAGGAAGUUGUUUAAUGAGAAUCCACGAAAAGGGUUGAUUACUUGGAAUGCAAUGAUUAAUGGGUAUGCGCAAAACGGGCUUGCUAAUAAUGUUUUGGAACUUUAUGAGGAGAUGGAAUCGAAAGGGGUUUGUCCUGACCCUUUAACACUUGUCGGGGUUCUUUCUUCUUGUGCUCAUCUUGGCGCACUUAGUGUUGGUAGGAAGGUAGAGAGGAAAAUGGAGGAUUUUGGGUUUGGCUCAAAUCCAUUUUUGAAUAAUGCUUUGAUUAAUAUGUAUGCGAGAUGUGGUAAUUUGACAAAGGCUAGGGAUAUUUUCGAUGGCAUGCCAGUGAAAAGUGUGGUUUCGUGGACGGCAAUCAUAGGUGGGUAUGGGAUGCAUGGACAAGGAGAGGUUGCGGUGGAGCUUUUUGAUGAGAUGAUUAGGAGCAGAAUUAGACCUGAUGGCACAGCUUUUUUAAGUGUUUUGUCUGCUUGUAGUCAUGCUGGAUUAACUAAUAAAGGGUUGAAUUAUUUUGGUGUAAUGGAGAGGAAGUAUGGGUUGCGGCCUGGUGCAGAGCAUUACUCUUGUAUGGUGGAUCUUUUAGGUCGUGCUGGUCGGCUCAAAGAGGCUCGGGAGCUUAUUGAGUCUAUGCAAGUGAAACCUGAUGGUGCUUUGUGGGGGGCCCUUUUGGGUGCGUGUAAAAUUCACAGAAAUGUAGAGUUAGCAGAGUUGGCUUUCGAACGGGUCAUUGAGCUUGAACCUACAAAUACCGGCUACUAUGUUUUGUUUUCUAAUGUAUAUACCGAGGCAGGGAAUUUGGAGGGGAUACUGAGAGUUCGAACGAUGAUGAGGGAGCGAAAGCUCAAAAAGGAUCCAGGAUGUAGUUAUGUGGAAUCUAAAGAGAGAGUUCACCUUUUCUUUGCUGGAGAUAGAAAUCAUCCUCAAACAAAUGAAAUAUACAAGAAGUUGGAUGAGUUAGAAAAUUUGGUGAAGGACCUUGAUGGGUCUAAGAAGAAUGAUCACGAGAGAAGAGAAGAAUAUCUUGAUAGUAUGGGUGUGCAUAGUGAAAAGUUGGCUGUUGCAUUUUCGCUCUUAAACACCAAGAAAGAAACAGAGAUUGUUAUAAUAAAAAAUCUUAGGAUAUGCAGAGAUUGUCACUUAUUCAUAAAAUUGGUUAGCAAGAUUGUGUAUCGUCAAUUUGUUGUCAGAGAUGCAACCCGCUUUCACCAUUUCAAGAAUGGAUUCUGUUCUUGCAAAGAGUACUGGUAA